CAGAGGAAAUGUUAAAAACAUGAGACUCAGGAGGACAAUUUCUGCAGGGACUCCCUGGCUUCUGGAGGAGAGGGAGGUAGGGCAGUGGACAGGUGGCAUAGGAGAGAGACACAAUGGAGUCUGGCUUCACCUCCAAGGACACCUAUCUGAGCCAUUUUAACCCUCGAGAUUACCUAGAAAAAUAUUACAGCUUUGGGUCCACACAGUCUGCAGAAAACCAGAUUCUUAGGCUUCUUCUGAAAAAGCUUUUCAAUAUAUUCUGUGUGGCUGGCGUGAAGGGAGACCUCCUGAUUGACAUUGGCUCUGGCCCCACCAUCUAUCAGCUCCUCUCUGCUUGUGAAUCCUUCAAGACGAUCAUUGCUACUGACUACACUGAUCAGAACCUGCAGGAGCUAGAGAAGUGGCUGAAGAAGGAGCCAGGGGCCUUCGACUGGUCCCCGGUAGUGACCUAUGUGUGUGAGCUCGAAGGGAACAGGCGAGCUGGACGCCCUGAGGAGCCCCGAGGUGUAAUCUUUACGCAGCUGCCUUGGCAACGGAGUUCACCGGUGUUUGCUAUCCGUCCAAGGACAAGCAAACAUCCACAAGAGUGGCUGUUUCGAAUGAAUUUCCCUCUCAAAUUGGCACAUUCUCUGCGAGCUUUCCAGACUUCACAGCGUGCCUCACAGUUUGGAAACAAUUGCCAUCCUCACCUGAGCGGCAAGUACUGUUCUGUGGUGACUCGUGUCUUUAAAAGGCCACAGAGGUCCAGCCUGCUCUGCCGCAAUCACUUAGAUACACGCCCCCAAACAUCCCCAGGAUAAAAGGUCACCUUUUAACCCGUUAAAACAUCACUGUUGCCACGUCUUAAGCUUUUGUGUACACUGAAGUUAACCAUAGGGUACUUGAAAUUUUUUAUACUAUAUUAAUUUACCAGUUCAAAUCCGUGUUUCACACAAGACUUCCUUUAUGUUGAAUUAUUGGGUUUUUUUUUUAUUCUUAAAAUGUCCUGUCGAAGGACUUCUCCAUGUUCUAUCAGGGUGGCUGGCAGCUUUGUCACUGGUUUGCCCACUUUUAGAAUGACUAACGGUCCUGCUGUGACCCAGGCUGAGAGGGGUUCCCAGGGCCCCUGGUUUUCAGUGAGAAAACCAGAAAGUCCAGACCAAUCAGGACAGAUUGGUCACCCUCUUCCCACUUUUCCCCAAUCAAAGGUAAUUCCUCCCUGUGUGUGCGUUUCUUGGUGGUAGGAAUUCCCUGAAACCAAUAACUUGCUAAGCUUUCUCUCUCUGAGUCUGUCAGUCUCUCUCUCUCUCUCUCUCUCUCUCUCUCUCUCUCUCACAUAUAACAGCUUUACUGAGAUAAAAUUCACAUAACAUGCCAUUCACCCAUUUAAAGUGUGCCAUUCUGUAGUUAUUAGUAUAUUCACAGAGUUGUGCGAUCCUCAACACAAUCUUAGCACAUUUUCAUAACUCCCACAAAUACCCUGUGCAUUAGCAGUCACGCCCACUUCCCCAUCCUCAAUGCCUGCCAACCACUGGUCUGCUUUGCCUUUUCCUGUGACUGGAAUCAUAUAAUAUGUGGCCUUUUGUGCCUGGCUUUCUUUCACUUAGCAUGAUGUGUUUAAGGUUCUUCCAUAUCAUAGCACAUAUCCAUUGUUUAUUCCUUUUUUAUCACUGAAUAAUAGUCCAUUGUAUAGAUAGACCACAUUUUAUUUAUCUAGUCACAAGUUGAUGGACACUUGAGUUGUUUCUAUCUUUGAGCUAUUAUGAAUAGUCCUGCUAUAAAUACUUAUGUACAAGUUUUUGUGUGACCAUAUUUUUCAUUUCUCUUGAGUAAAAACCUAUGAGUGGAAUUCCUGGGUCAUGUGGUGACUCUAGGUUUAAUCUUUGAGGAACUGCCAGACUGUUUUCCAGAGUAGCUGAACCAUUUGCAUUCUCACCAGCAGUGUGUGUAGGUCCUAGUUUCCCCCGUUCCUUGUCAACACUUGUUGUUACCUGUCUUUUUUAUUAUAGGCAUCCUAGUGGGUGUGACAUGGUAGCUCAGAGUGUGAUUUGCAUUUCCUUGAUGGCCAAGGAUGUUAAACAUCUUUUCAUAUGUUUAUUGCUAAGCUUCUUAAAUGGAAAAUUAUAAUAAAUAUAAAGGAUGUUGCAAAAACUGAAUAUAUGCUGUCGGCUUAAGAUUUAAAUUAAAUAUUUAUAUAGGAUGUCCACAUUAUUAUCUAUUAUCUCAGAUCAUUCCACCUGGAGGUAAACCUCCAUGUUUCAUUUAAACCACUGCCUCUUCCUCGCUCUCUCUCACCUGCUCUGAUGUCGGGCCAUCCUCCGCUCUCUCCACCGAGUGACUGCUCCCUCCUGCAGCCAAGGGCUGUGUGUUCUCUGCACGUAAGCCUGGACUUGCAACCCGGCGCUUCACCGAUUAACUUCCUCAGCGGCUGGGCACCCAGUCAGUGCUCCUGUUAUCCGGGCUCCUCUGCGCCCUCAUUCCUUCCCUUCUCUCACCGCUGAUUGGAUGCUGCUUCUUUCUCCUUUGCCUUUUCCUCCGGUUUCUCUUGCGCAUUCUGUAUGUUUUUUAAUGUACCAGCUUGUCCCUUCCUUCCUGCCUUAACAAUUUAUGAGAGGACCCAGGCGCCCUCUUCCAUCGCCGGCCCUUGCCUCCUCUGCUCCUGUCAUUGACUGAUUUUCU